GUGCAGCGUGACAGGCCGGCGUCGCUCUGUUAAGGUUUCCGGGCAACUCGACCUCAAUAACGGUGUACAGUCUCUACCCAUUCUUAGCCAGAUAGCGCGAAUAAAGCUGAAUUGGAUUCAAGUACUCACGGGAGAGUGCACAUUAUUGAGCUUUUUUUUUUCUCCACCUCCCCCGAGUGUCAAAGCUACCCCUCGACAUUUUAUUUCCCCUCCAUCUUCGCGGAGCUUGAAAAGUCAAAAUGGCAGACCAGCUGACUGAGGAACAGAUUGCAGAGUUCAAGGAGGCGUUCUCGCUGUUUGACAAGGACGGCGACGGAACCAUCACCACCAAAGAGCUAGGCACUGUCAUGCGCUCCCUGGGCCAGAACCCCACCGAGGCUGAACUGCAGGACAUGAUCAAUGAGGUCGAUGCUGAUGGUAAUGGGACAAUUGAUUUCCCGGAGUUCCUGACAAUGAUGGCGAGGAAAAUGAAGGACACAGACAGUGAGGAGGAGAUUAGAGAAGCAUUCAGAGUCUUUGACAAGGAUGGCAACGGCUACAUCAGCGCAGCAGAGCUACGGCACGUCAUGACCAACUUGGGGGAGAAGCUUACUGAUGAGGAGGUUGAUGAAAUGAUCCGGGAGGCUGACAUUGACGGGGACGGUCAGGUCAACUACGAGGAAUUUGUCCAGAUGAUGACUGCCAAGUGAAGUGUGAGGCCGAUUUCUCUCUUAAACGUUGCUUGUCCUUUUAAGAUCACUGUCUUUAAGUACAAAAAGGAACAUUUAUCAGCUGAUGACCCAGCCCCCCCCCUGUCCCCCCCCUAAAAAAACCCAAAACAAAAGCAAGCAUUUCAUGUAGAAUUUGGCCAAUUUUGCUCAAUGUAUCCACGUACUUCUGAGGUAUCUGAUAAGCAUACACCUGCAGACUAAUCCCUGAAGAAGUUUAUGGACCAAGGUUUAAGAGGGCCAACGGCCUUUUACUUCUGACCAAGAUUCUACAGAGUCACCUGGCUCAUGAAUAUUUUAGAGGAAAGAGCAGGGCUGCCACUGCAAGGGGGGGUUGGUCUAGGAACUGAUGCCACCGAUCACUUUAGAGAAGUCGGUCAUUUCAAAUCUGUCCGCUUCAGCAAUGAACCACGCCUCUUUACUAGCAUCAGUGGUGAUAGUCUCAAUACCAAUUUGACUACUCUUCUUGCAUGCAGCCGUUCUGUGGUGGUCUCCUGUCUUGACAAGGUGGUUCUGAUCCCAUCAGAAGUAGUGGUCAGAUAUUGUACACAGUGGAGGUAUAGACUUUCAUAUAUAGCUAUAUAUCUGUAAAAAGAAAAAAAAAUGUCCCUUGGUUAUUGCAAGAGCAACUAGUUGCAACCUGUGGUGUUCAUUGGUGCUUGAUUUGAAAAUGAGCAUUUUCAAAAGUUUGGCUCAGAACAAGAAACUGAUCCCCAGCGGGGCGUCAUCUUGUUUUGAGCAGGUGGCUUUACGCGUUGCUAUGGAAACCAAGCGGAGACGCUAGUGUGACGUGUUGCUUUCAGGCUGAUUGUUGUGAAGACCCUCUGGAGGACUGCUGUUAAUACAUUUGUUCUGCAAACAGAUAUCCUGACGAUACAAUAUUGAUGUAAUGCUUUCUAAAUGUGUUCCCAGAUAUGUAUUGGCGACACUUUUGUCACAAAAUGUCUCUCUCUCUCUCUCUCUCUCUCUCGAGAUAUGCACAGUAUAUUGGUGUGUUGUAAAGUUUGCAUUGCCUGUUGUUGUUGUUGUAGUAGUAGUAGUAAAUGGCCUGUGAUCUUUUUUUUUUUUUUUUUCCCCUUUGGUUUUAAAAAUGUGCCAUAAUGCUCCCAAAAUGCCUCAACCUUCUCGCAAGAUUCCUAGAAAAAUAUAUACAUCUACACUACUUACACUAGAGUAUGUGACAGAUUUGCACUUGGUAUAACUCGUAUAGAUAUUGCAAAAAGAAAACACACUGACUGCUGCGAUAACUCUUUUCUCUUAACUUCUCAUUCUUGUUGGCUGUCCCAGCUUCAGUUUGUAGUCCAGUGAUGUCAUUUUCAACCUGCUUGCUCGUUUUACUUACCAGAAUACAUAACGUGGUCCGCCUGUUCUAAUGAAACAUGAGAAGGGGUUGUAGCAAUCAAUUGGGUUCGGUUCAGUGUUUUAACAGUGGUGAGUCAUCGUUUGAAGGAUUGAAAUUUAAUCCCGCUCAGUGACAUUUCAAUCGGUCGUGUUUGACUAUGAUAUGAGGAAGUAAAUGGUAAUGGACUGUUAGCUUCUGAUUGUGUCUCAAAAGAUGUAAAGAUGUGAUUAUAUUUUCCAUAAAUCAAUAAACUGAAUGAGCUUUACUUCA